CCGCACAGAAAGACACAUCCACGCACAAGUCCCGCCGUGCCACUGUUGUAUAUAAACACACAUUCAUUUGGAUUCUGUCCUUUGAGCGAGAGAGCGAUUGUAAGACUUUCGUCCAUUGCACGCCUUAAAAAUUUUUUUCAAAAUGGGCAGCAAUUAUUUCUAUUUAUUUAUCUGCAUCCUAUUCCCUUGCAUUUUACUUGCGGUCAACGCCGAAAAAAGGACACUGGAAUGCAAUAAAGUCUGUAAGGCAAUUAGGUUUGCAGGGAAAAUCGGAGGCUGCAACUGCAACUAUGUGAUGUUCACCAAGAGAUCUAGUGAAUUCAGCAGAUCUUUCGAAACCGAAGUGGAAAAUCUGGAACAGUUGAGGCAGAAUCUUCUGGGAAAUGCCGAUCCUGAUGAAAGUACUGAGUAUGAAGUUGUGGAUGAGAAGGAGAAUGAAAGCCAGCUGAAAUCUCGACGAAAUUUGAUUGAUCUUCUUAGAAGACAGUUUAUAAGACCUGUUGUGAAGGAUAGAGACUAUUAGUCUAAUCCUCAAAGAAAACAGGCCUCAGUACGAGGGAUCUUGAAGAAAAUCUGAAAGAAAAGAAGUUUUUUUGUUAAACUUUUUUUCAAAAUCAUUGGCAUCAGAAUAACUGUCACCUCAUUAGAGGAAUCAAUAUGUGUUUCAUUUACCUAACUUAUUUUUCUCGACUCUCUAACUUAUAUUCAUUUCGUUUAUUGUUUUUAAUGUGUUGGCUAGUUUUGAAGUUAUCGUCUUGUGUAUUUUUUUCUGUAAAUAAACAUUA